AUGUCCACGUUCAACGUAUCUUACACGGCCUUCCUCCACUCUUCCGUGGUCUACCAGCCGGUCGAUUUCAUGUCGGGCGCGGGCGGAUGCAUGCACCUCAACACCACUGCUGCCGCCUCCUUUGCUCACUGCCGCUUCGCCCACUGCUCCUCCACUCUCACCGGUGGCGGGGUGUCAUUCUUUCAAGGGGAAGUAAAGCCGCAGUUUCACAACACCACGUUCGAGUUCAACGAGGCUCUCAUCCAGGUCGGGGAAGUGAAGCCGCAGUUUCACAACACCACGUUUGAGUUCAACGAGGCUCUCAUUCAGGGAGGGGGCAUAGAGCUAGUGAUGAUGAGCGGCCAGGCGAACUUCACAGACUGCACGUUCCGCAGCAAUCGGGUCACCAACGGGCCCAGCUUCGGUGCCGCAAUCCUCUCCUUCGGCGUGCCGAUGCGCGUGGAGAGGAGCUACUUCUGGCGCAACGUGGCUAUCAACAUGCUGCCUCCGGGGUCGCAGGCAACCACGUACCUCACUCAGGGCGGGGCUAUUGCUGCCAAUAUGUUCAUGGACGCUACAGUGCCUUAUGACAUCAUCGACUGCACGUUUGUUGAGAACCAGAGGAGCUACUUCUGGCGCAACGUGGCUGUCAACUCGCUGCCUCCAGGGUCGCAGGCAGCCACGUACCUCACUCAGGGCGGCGCCAUCGCUGCGAACAUGUUCAUGGACGCUUCUGUGCCUUAUGACAUCAUUGACUGCACGUUCAUUGAAAACCAGGGUGCAGUUCUCUCCUUCGGCGUGCCCAUGCGCGUGGAGCGGAGCUACGUGGCUAUCAACACGCUGCCUCCGGGGUCGCAGGCAGCCACGUACCUCUCUCAGGGCGGCGCCAUCGCUGCGAACAUGUUCAUGGACGCUACAGUGCCUUAUGACAUCAUCGACUGCACCUUCGUUGAGAACCAGGGCGGGCAAGGCGGGGCAUUGUAUAUGGACACGGGGCAUCUGCAAGUGCUCAACUGCCUUCUCCUCCUCUUUGCCUUGCCUUUUGUAUUCACACUACUCCCUCUCUUUCUGUAUUGUUUCCCACUCCACGCAGGGCAGGCAAGGCGGGGCAUUGUAUGCGGACACGGGGCAUCUGCAAGUUUUCAACUGCCUCUUUCUAUCCCCUCUCCUCCCCUUUGCUUCCCUGUUCCUGCUGCCAUGCAGGGCGGGCAAGGCGGGGCUCUGUACGCGGACACGGGGCAUCUGCAAGUGCUCAACUGCCUCUUCCUCCGCAACGGAGACCACUCCGAAUGCUCCCUGGGUGGUGCUAGUGAGUCCCACUCCCCUGCCAGUGUGUUGCUAGUGAGGGGUCCUGGUGAUGCUGGGGUGGUGCUAGUAAGUUACAGUCCUUGUGGUCUCCUUGUGUUGAGUGAGGGGCUGGUCACUCACCACCCAACUCCUCUCUCCCUCCCCGCUGUGACAUCGCGAGCACAAACGGUCAUAGACAACUGCACGUUUGUGGACAAUAAAGCACAAGACCAGGGCGGAGCGCUGCACUUCCUGCCUUACAAAACCCUCAAUGUCUCCCGCUCGCGCUUCCAAGGAAACUCCGUGCUCAAGCAGAACGGCGGGGCUAUUUACGUGCUCGGGGUGAGUUGGGAGUUGGUAGGGCACGGGGGCGGUGAAGGUGGAGAGCAGCACAUUCGUGAGAAGCAGGGCAGAGCGAUCCAAGGCACGGGGGCGGUGCGGGUAGAGAGCGGUGGCGGUGCGGGCAGAGAGCAGCACAUUCGUGGGCAACAGGGCGGAGAGGUCCAAGGGAGGCGCCCUGGCACGGGGGCGGUGAGGGUGGAGAGCAGCACAUUCGUGGGCAACAGGGCAGGGCAGUCCAAGGGAGGCGCCCUGUACAGCGAGUCGGUGUCUGUCACGUUUGAUAAUGUCACUCUGGACGGGAACACGGCGGCACUACAGGGAGGCGCGGUGGCUGUUUAUGCAUCCUGCCGCUUCGUGUGCAACGAGGCGGUGCUUGGGGGAGGUGCUAUCUACACAUGGUUCGUUCUCUGCCUCUCUCCCUUCCCUUCACCUCCUCCCCCAUGCAGUCUAUGCCGCUUCGACAGUGACGGCCUGCCAACCGAAGCCCUUUUCAAGUCCUGCCGCUUCGUGCGCAAUGAGGCGGUACUUGGGGGAGGUGCUAUCUACACGGGGUUGGGCAUGCACACGCGCGUGCACGCGUGUGAGGUGGAGGAAAACAACAGCACCGGGCUGGGCGGUGCUGUGCUCGUGCAGGAAUUCUCACGGGUUGAGAUGACCCGCACACGCUGCCAAGGGAACAUGACACCAGCGAGGGGGGAGCAGCGCGUGUCAGCGGCAGCGCGCACCUCUCCCUCCUCUCCUCCUCCGUCUCCCACAACACCGCGGCCUGGGGCGGUGCCGUCUGGGUGGGCAGCGCUGUGCUACGCACUGACUGACUCACAACCCUCCCCUGUUUUCCUCCUCUGUUUCCCCCCCCUGCUUCCUCCUCUGUUUCUUCCCCUGGAACAUCCCAACCACAGCGCCUUAACAGGAGGUGCGUGCCUCUCUCUGCUCGCCAACGCGCACGCCACAGUCACUGACUCGGUCCUUUCAGCCAACCAUGGCACCAGCGAGGGCGGGGCAGCACGUGUCAGUGGCAGCGCGCACCUCUCCAUCCUCUCCUCCUCCAUCCUCCACAACACUGCUGCCUGGGGCGGAGCCGUCUGGGUGGAAAUGGGUGCCUCUCUGCUCAUCUCAAACAACUCCAGGCUCGAAGGGAACGAGGCGAGGUAUCUGGGCGGGACGGUGUAUGCGACGCACGUGUCCCGGGUGGAAGUGCGAGGCGGGAGCGUGUUUCGAGGGAACUCCGCGCUACACGGAGGGGCUAUGGUUGUAGAGGCAGAGGCGAGGGUCACAGCAGCUGAUUCUGCGUUUGACAACAACACCUUUUCGGGGAUUUUAUUCCAGGGGUUUUCCCAGGGGGUUCUUCAGAACUGCAGCUUUACGGGGAAUUCUAACGCGGCCGGGCGGGGCGGCGCGGUGCUGGUUGGGGAUAAGACGACAGUCGCCGUCCACUCGUGCAGAUUUUCCGGGAACUGGGCGGCGCUGGGCGGCGCGGUGAGCACCGAAGGCAGCCCGUACCUCACAAUCAACGGCUCGGAUUUCACGAGGAACAUCGCGCAGAUCGGCGCAGGGGUUGCCCUAGCAGGCGCCACCGCUUUCACCAUGGGAGAGUCUGUGUUUAUUAAGAAUAACGCGACUAAGGCGGGAGGAGGAGUGGCUGUACUGGAGCAGGUGGAGGGGGAGAUAUCAGGGUCGAGGUUUGAGGGGAACUAUGCGGUGGUGGGCGGUGCAGGGGUGUACCUGAUGCGCUCCGCUGCUGCUACUACUGCUGCAGCAGUUGGUGGUGAUAGGCCUCCUCAGGCUGGUGCUUCUGCUUCUGCUUCUGGUCGGGGCCUGCUGUUUGACGGCAACAGUGCCAUGGACGCACAUGGAGUGGCCUUCUUCGAUGCUUCCUAUAGCCCCCACCUGCGCUCCGCCUGCCACGCCUGCCAGAUGCGGCAGCAGGGGGACACGCAGGGCAGCAUGCCGGCGGACUUCUAUCUCAAAUCCUGCAGCAAGGGGACACGCAGGCCCCCUUGGGUGUUGCUGACGUGCCACCUCCCUCUUUCAGAUGGCCACCCAUCCCCCCCCCUCUCCCCUUCCUUCCUCCUCCCCUCAUUUCUCUUCACCCGUUACUGCCCCACGCCACUGCCACCGUGUCACCCCUUUUCCAGAUGGCCGGGGGCGGCAGCGUCAUCCCAGGAGACAGGUGGCAGCUUCUCAGUGGUGGGGUCAGUGGGCUCCAUGCUGACGGGGCUGCAGGUGGUGGUGGUGGACGAGUUUGGCAACAUUGUCUCCAAGGACAACUCGGCCCUAGCCAGCGUCUCUCCCGACAGUCGCAUCAGCGGUUCCCUACGGGGCACAUCGCAGGGCGGCAUCAUCACAGUGCCGCCCAUUGCCGUCCGCGUGUCCCCGGGCGGCGCGCUACAGCCGAUAGCACUCACCGUCACCGUCUCCUCCACCACCAACGCCUUCCCGGACUUCUCCCACCCAUUCAACAUUUCCUUCUGCCCGGCCGGGCAGUAUUUCGACGGGGAGAGCUUCAGCUGCCAGGACUGCCCUGUUGGUCAUUGGUGUGCGCCAGGGCAGGGCAUGGAGACAUGUCCAGACGGCACCUUCACCUUCUACCCCAAUGCUGUGUCACAGGAUGAGUGCACACCAUGUGAUGAUGACAGCUUGGACUGCCGCUAUGGCACGCUGGAGAUCCAGUACCAGAACUGGCUGGACCCAGCGUCUCUCAACUCCACUCCCACCACCUAUGCCUGCCUGCUCACCAAUGGCUGCUCUAGCACCACCUACACAGGCCCCAACACCACACAGUGUGCUGUGGGAUAUAGCAACACCAUGCCCAUGUGCUCCUCAUGUGCCGACGGCUACUACCUCGUGCUGCAGUUCUGCGAGCAAUGCACAUCUGCACUCAAAUCAGUGUUCCCUUUACUGCUGAUCAUAGUGCUAGCAGUGUGGGUGGCAAUGAACAUGCUGGCAGACACCUUUGCAGCAAUGGACAUCUUUCUUAUCGAGGUGCAACUGCUCGCAAUGGUCGCCUCCUUCAACCUCAACUUCCCCGCCUCCUGGGUCAAGACCGUCGUGCUCCUGUACAACAUCGCUGCUUUCGAUCCCGACAUCAUCAGGCCAGAAUGUGCCUUCUCCCUGCAGUUCACGGGAAAAUUCUACGCCACCAUUCUUUUGACUUCUCAUAUACCCUCUGCCUCCCCUCUUUCCCCCCCUUUUCCCCCCUCCAACAGGACAUCAUCAGGCCAGAGUGCGCCUUCUCACUGCAGUUCAUGGGAAAAUUCCAUGCCACCAUUCGAGAGACGUCCCAAGAACCCUCUUCCCUUCCCCCCCCACUCCUCCCCCCACCCGCCCUGGCAGGACAUCAUCGGUCCAGAAUGUGCCUUCUCCAUGCAGUUCACGGGCAAAUUCUACGCCACCCUUCUCAUCCCCGUUUUAGGCCUCCUCGUUUACGCACUCGUGUUUGCGCACCACCGCUGGCUGGGCGGCUCUUUCUUCGUGCGCGUGCACUCGUGGCAGCGCAAGGAGCGGCAGCGGCAGCGCCUGGCACUGCAGCGCUCGGUAACAAAGCGGCGGGCUUAUAACGAGUACGAGAACUCGAUCGUGCAUGCGUCGCUAAAGUGGCUGGAUAUCUGCUAUGUAUCCGUGAUGGUCAAAGUGCUUCAAGUCUUUAAGUCCCAGGAGAUCGGCACAUCAACGGUUAUGGCAGCAGCGCCGCAGAUCCUGUGGCUGUCAUCAGCGCACGUGGGCAUGCUGGUAACCGCCGUGCUGGUUACGGUGGUGUACCUGGUGGGGCUGCCGCUGCUGUUCGCUGGCGUGUUGGUGGAUGCUCACACGUGUGACGUGCUCUCCUCUACGCUCUUCAAGCAGCGCUUUGGCUGGCUCACCGAACGCUUCCGACCUAAGUUCUGGUGGUGA